AUGUUCGCAUCUCCCUUCAAACCUACACGCGUCGGCAUCACCGAUAGACUGACAGCCGAAAGUAAUUGUAUAAAUCCCGAUUAUGGUACUACUCUGCUUGAAGCUUUAAAUAAGAUGCGACUGAAUCAAGAGCAUUGCGAUUUCUAUCUGCAAGUGGAUGAUGAAACGAUUUUCGUUCACAAAUGGUUACUUGCGGCUGUUUCGCCUUACUUUGGAGCAAUGCUAAGAAAUAACAUGAAAGAGAAGGCGCAAGGCACAGCCGCGUUAACUGACGUUGACGCAUCUUCUAUAAAAGCGAUUAUCGUGUACAUAUACAGCGGCAGCAUUCAGAUCACGGAGGAUAAUGUCCUCCCCCUUCUAUUAACAGCAGAUUUAUUGCAAAUAGAUUGGGUCAAGGUGCAAUGCUGCCAAGUUCUCAAACGGGCACUAAAGCUGGAAAACUGCCUCAGCUUUCAAAGACAUGCCGAUAUGCAUUCUUGUGACGAUUUGUACGAUUAUUGUCACGAAUACAUCUUACAACAUUUUCAAAAGUUGAUAAACACCGACGAAUGGCUCCUGCUGUCUUUUGAAGAGAUCGAAAAACUUAUGACAGACGACAAACUGCGGGUAAAAGUUGAGGAUAACGCAUAUAAAGCGAUGAUAAAAUGGAUUAAACAUGACCAAAAGACGCGCCAAGUACACCUUUCUGCAUUAAUAAGCCAUAUACGCUUGCCUUUCAUCACCACUGAAUUCUUGAGAAAUCAUAUCAUCACUGAACCACUCCUUAGAAAUGAUCCACAAUGCAGUCAUUUCUUAAUCGACGCCAUAAGUUACCAGCUAUCAUCAGAAAGUGGACGAAAAUGUUUGUCGAGUACCAUUCAGAACGAGAAGAGGAUUAAAAGCAGGAACGAGAUAAAAAAUUAUGUGCUAUUUGUCGGGGGUCAACGUGCACGAUCCUGGAAAGUACUUAACAGUUGCAAAAUUUAUAAUAAAACCAGCAAUAAAGUGCUCUCUACUUCCGAAAUGAAGACGCCUCGAUGUGAAAUUGGCGCAGCUGCAUUAAAUGGUCGCGUGUUCACAGCUGGUGGAGAUAUAGACCAACUUGCAUUUUCAAAAACAGCGGAAUGUUACGAUCCUUUUAAACAAAAAUGGACUGACAUUGCAUCAAUGAAUCAUCCUCGUUUAAACCAUGGAAUAUGUGCAUUAAACGAUCUCAUCUACGUAAUCGGUGGGCGCAAUACUUCAACUGUCGAAUGCUACAAUCCUUCGACAGAUCAAUGGCACAACUGUGCAAAACUAUCUUUACUAUGUAAUCUUGGCAGCAAAGCUGCAGUUGUGGAAAAUUGUAUUUUUAAUUACGGUUCGUUUAAAGAUGUCACGCAACUUACAACUUCGUUGACUCGAUAUGAUCCGCGAGAAGGACGAUGGUAUGAUGUAAAAACAAUAUCACAAGGAAUACCUCGAUUUGUAGAAGAAGAACAUUUCAAUUUAUUGCCUUACAAACACUUUCUAAUUAGCGUUCAAUAUUUUUCCAAACGCUUUGAUAUACGAUGUAACAAAUGGGAAGGUAUGCCAGCUAUGCAUCGCUACAGACGAGGCCAGUCGAGCAUAACAAUUGAUGAAGAAAUUUACGUGUUUGGCGGCGUUUCCGAUUGCAUCACACCUGUCACGAGUGUUGAACGUUUCAAUUUAAACACCAAUAGAUGGACUAUAGUUGAUUCGUUAGAAAUCGAGCACCAUAUUGGAGGCGCCGCUGUAAUCAGUGACUGUUUUGAUCUCAUCGAAGUAUUCAAAUAA